GUCAAUGAUGUUGUCAAUGACAUGACAGCUUGGCUUGUAUUUCGGUAUUUGGAUGUGUUUUUGUCAAAAACCUAAAAAUAUUCUUAACUAUUCGCACCCUCAAAGCUAAUAAAUGCUAAUUUCAUUGAAAAUCUACUGAAUUAAGUGUUUAGCACUGCAUUGGCUCUAAAUCUGGUGCAGUAUAUGGAUACAUAUUUUACAGUCUAUUGAAUUUUUGUAAAAUUAUGAACGAUUAAUCAUUCUUGCAUGUUAUGAAAACUGGUAGAAAAUGGUUCUGAAUAGUUGUACGAAACCACACUAUAAGAUGGAGGAUGGCAUGGACAUAGAGGAACAUGAUCUGUUGAACAACCCUACUGUGAGGAGCGUGUUUCCAGAUCUUGCCAUUCUCAAACAAGAAAUUAUUGAUUUUGAUACAAGUGAAGGUGUAGCACCAGAAACAUUUACAACGUCGCCAGAAGUAUCAAUGAGAAAUGAACACAAAAAUCAACUACACAAUUUAACAGUCUACAGUGGGGAUCAUCCUACCGAGUGCUCCACUCAAGACCUGGAUGUGAAACCUGACCACCUGUGUACUGACAUGGAUGACACGAUAACGGACAAGCGCAACAGCUUGACAGAAUUUCAUGAAAUUGAAACUGUAAUCAAGAAGGAAUCAGAGAAUGUUGUACCAAAUGAAUUGCCAUUUUACAGGAACAGGAUUAUACUUGGCAAGAUACAAGUAGAUGAGUCUGACGAAGAACGAGAAACUGAUGCACCAGGUGACUGUAAUAAUGUUGUAAACAACAAAUCAAACAAUGAUCAAGAUUUGGCAGUGUCAAUAUACACUGAUGAAAACAGAAGUAUGAGGAUAACUAAACAGAAUUAUGAAAAAAAGGAAAAAUGUUUGCGAGCGAAAAUUAUUUUAACAAACUGUUAUACAACUCUAUUGAACAACAACUGUUACUGUGCUCAGUGUGCAGUGUUGUUCCCCACCACUGAAGCGUAUAGUGAACAUUACACGAGCACACACACCGAGACCACUCACUCAAAUAAAGCCUCGGCUUCUCUUGUGAAACGUAAACAAAUCAUAUACCCACGUGAGAAAGCAUUUGUGUGUGACUCCUGCACGAAAACAUUCAGCAAAAAAACCAGCUUGAUAAAGCACAUUUUAAUUCACACUGGCGAAAAGCCAUUCGAGAGUGACUUUUGCAAGAAAACAUCGAGGCAUCGGACUGCAAUGAAAAGACACAAGUUACUUCACACUGGGGAAAAGCCCAUCCAGUGUGACAUUUGCGCGAAAACAUUUAAAUUUCGAAGUUAUUUGGAGCGACACAAGUUAAUACACACUGGGGAAAAGCCCUUCCAUUGUGACAUUUGCACGAAAUCAUUCAACCAAAGGUGGUAUCUUAAGGAGCACAUGUUACUUCACACUGGUGAAAUAACUUUCGAGUGUGACAUUUGCACGAAAAUAUUCAGGCACCGGUCUUCUUUGAAAACACACAAGUUACUUCACACUGGCGAAGAGCCAUUCCAGUGUGACAUUUGCACGAAAUUAUUUAGACAUAAAAGUACUACAAAAACGCACAUGUUAAUUCACACUGGCGAAAAGCCAUUCGAGUGUGACAUUUGCACGAAAUCAUUCUACCGAAUAAGUAAUUUGAAGAGCCACAAGUUAGUUCACACUGGCGAAAUGCCAUUUCAGUGUGAAAUUUGCACGAAAUCAUUUACCCAAAUAAGUAAUUUGAAGCGCCACAAGUUAGUACACACUGGCGAAAAGCCAUUCCAGUGUGACAUUUGCACGAAAUCAUUUACCCAAAGAGGCAAUCUUAAGAAGCACAUGUUACAUCACACUGCACCCCAGUCAUAGCUAUGAUUCUGAUGAGUCGGAAAUAAUGUAAGAUCCGGGAAACAUGAGGGAACAUAGUACAUGACACGGCGUGAAACAGCGGGAUGUCAGUGAGUGUCAGUGGGGCGCGCUGCGGGCGAGGGCUCGGCCUCCGCCUGUCCCCUCACUGCAGGCAGCGCCGGCGACGCACAGGCCGCGUUGUCGACACGCUCUCCUACACCCACAUACAAGCGACUCCACCUACACUAACCACCUCAGUUGCAAUUCUGACAUCGGCGCGGACGGUCGCUUUCUAGCGGCGCCGUCUGUAGCCGUCACGUGUGACUCACUACUGAGUGACCCGGCUGCUCAAGGACAGCGUCCUGUUGUACACCGAGAUGCCUGAAAUCUCGGCUCAGUUGGAAGCCUCGGAACAGUAUAAAAUGUCAUUAAUCGUUUGGUUAAAACAACUAUACUCUAAUUUUUAAUUCCGCGGAAUUCUGACAUUUCAUUAGUGAUACCACUAAAAAAGCUCUUCACCGAAAAAAGGAAAA